CUAUAAAAACCUACGAUGACAUGAGAGCUUGAUUCUUUUGAAGUGCGCAACUGAGCAAAAUUGAUGGAAUACGGAGUUGGCAGAGGAAAAGUAAACUUUGACACUGGACGAACUCGUGGAAUAUCACUUCUAAUAUAUCCGAGCUAAGGCUGUUAUUUCACAGUUGAGCUGCUUUUCUCAGCUUCAUCCCUUUUUCUAACGGUUUCUGAACUCGGGAGUUAAAGCGAUCUUUACGCACAGUCUGCGCCAUGGUGAACUCGUGUCUCCAACUGAGCGGCUUCCUCAUCAGCUGCCUCGGCUGGCUGGGCAUCAUCAUCGCGACGGCCACCAACGACUGGGUGAACAUGUGUAAAUACGGUUUGAACACCUGCAAGAAGAUGGAUGAGCUGGGAGCCAAGGGACCCUGGGCGGAGUGCGUCAUCUCCACGGGACUGUACCACUGCGUGUCCCUGACGCAGAUCCUGGAACUGCCAGCCUACAUCCAGACCACUCGCGCCCUGAUGAUCACAGGUUCGAUCCUAGGUCUGCCGGCUGUGGGGAUGCUCCUCAUGUCCAUGCCCUGCAUCAACCUUGGCAACGAGCCACAGAGCUCCAAGAACAGACGCACCAUCCUGGGAGGGGUCCUCAUAUUCAUAGUCGCGUUGUGCGGUAUGGUUUCUACGGUCUGGUUUCCCAUCGGAGCUCACCGGGAGCACGGCCUCAUGUCCUUCGGCUUCUCCCUCUACACCGGCUGGGUGGGCACUAUUUUCUCCCUGCUGGGCGGCUGCAUCCUCACCUGCUGCACAGCGGAUUCCUCCUCCUCCUCCUCCUCCUUCCAGGAGAACAACCGCUUCUACUACUCCAAACAGGGGGGCGGCAACCAGCCACCCGCCCCCUCCACCAAUCACGCCAAGAGCGCCCACGUCUGAGCCGGGGGGAGAUCGUGGAUCCCUCGUGGAAGUGCAGGGGGACUGUAGUUAUAGUCUGUAUAUAGAGACCGAUACACAAGGGCAAACAAACACACAUUCACAUUCAACACAAGAAGUAUUAGUACACACCUGUGCUGUGAGAGGAGACACAUUCACACACUCAAUCAUGUCGUUUAAAAGUAGAAGGGGAAAUUCAUGGAUGAGCACAAACACACACGGAAAGGAGACACUCACACUUCCAGACACACACACACCUGCUUUUGUUGGAGCUCUUUUUCCAUUGGUGGAUUGUGUUGUCCACCUCAGAGCUCGUCCUCCUCCAGCCUUCAUCCCGAGUGCGGACUCAGACCACGAAGUUUCUAAUCACCUGAGGUCUCGUGGACUGAAAUAUCGAUCUUCUAUAUCACUUCUAUUUUUCUAUUACGCAUCUAUCGAGGUGAAAUCUCAUGAGCGGCUUCGUUGAUGAUUACGUUUUUUUAAAUCCUGUUGUGUCUUUUUGAUGACAGCAGGGUAUGACAGUGUUAACAUUGUGUAUUUUUAAUUUUUGUCAGUCCUAUCAAACAACUCUAUGGUGCAUUUUGCUUCGUGAUGAAAAGAAAGGUGGCAGUGGUUUUUAUCGAGCUUCUCCAGGAAGACAAGUUGAAUGAUGGGAGCUUAAAAUCCUUUAACAUGUCCACUGACCUGGCAGCAAUAACUUACAAGAGAAAACUUUCACCCUUUGUCCAGAUCUGUCAUUUUAUAGUUGUGUCUCAUCAUCUAAAAUCAACCCAACAGCAGCUUAUCCUGUAAUUUUUUCUAUGUUCCACUUGUAUGCGUUUAAAUAAAAAAUAAAAAAACAGUAUUAUGUAGAUUAACUUCUCUUGAAGGAACGCGAUGACUUGAAUGUUCAGUUUUUCUCAGACGCGCUCUGAACGGCACAGGUGGAACCCCUGUAUUCCCAACUGGAGCUUUCCACCUCGGCUACACGUGGAAGCAGUGUUAGCUGGUAAUUUAUUGUUUCACUGAUGUGCUAUUGUUUGAUUUUAUACAAUAAAAAAGAUAUGAUGAUA